UGUAUGCCUGGCUGUUUGGACUGGGAAGCGGCAGUGCUGAAAUCAUAAGUCUGUUGUAUAGGGCUGCAUGUUCUGCUAUUAUUCUUGUGAGGAUUUCAGCAGGCUCUUGAAAGCAGGCUGAAGGGGCUGGACUGAGAUACCUCCUAGAAGUUUGCCUCAUUCCACUACUUUGUCAUUGGGGCUUCUCUGGAUUAUAUGGAUAAAGAGUUGGACACAGAAAGGUAUUGCCAUUGGAUGAGAAGCAUAGGAUGGCCCCAAGAAAAUACUGAGACUAUAGGCUCGUCUUGAAAAGACUACCUUUUCCAAUCUACUUACAUCCUCCACCUGGAAAAUGCAGACUUUACAACCAACCAGACUUGGCUAUAUUGGACUGUAUUGCCAACCAGGUCUCAGCAGAGAUGCCAGAUAAAACACCAGAGGGUACAGAAACCACAUCGCAGAAUGAAGGGACUAUCUUCGACUACAUGUCAAAAUAUAUACACCAAGUGGGUUUCCCAUUGAAGGAACUCCACAGCUAACCAUUGGCAACAGAUGACUACCACUUGCCACUGGAUUCUCUAACAUCUGUCACAGAACAUCCAAGUCCCAGAACGACAGGGGUGGAUCUAAACAGGACAAAUAGACAUUUUCGUUAUUGUGGAAUCAAAAAUAUGGAGCUCUCGGACAGUGAUAGACCUGUUAGCUUUGGUUCAACUUCCUCAUCUACCUCUUCCCGGGAUAGUCGCUGUUCAUUUGGGAGCCGGAUGACCUUAGCAUCAAACAGUCACAUGGGUUUGUUUCACCAGGAUAAGGAAGCUGGAGCCAUAAAACUAGAGCUUGUUCCAUCCCGUCAGUUGUCAAAUGAUGAACUUCGGACUAACUAUAUCAGAGAACAGGGCCAUGGAAGUCCAAGGGAAAAAUACUCUGAUGAGAGAAGGACCAUACCAUGGAAAGAAUCCAAAGGAUCCGUCAAGAACUGUUCAAAAGCUGAAGUUGUGGAGCCCACCAGUCCAAAGCUUAUGUAUGUGGAUAGAGUAGUCCAAGAAAUCCUCCAAACUGAGAGGACAUAUGUACAAGACUUGAAAAGCAUUGUUGAGGAUUAUCUCAACUGCAUCUCCGAUCAAACAAGACUUUCCUUAGGAGCAGAAGAGCGAUCAGCACUGUUUGGAAAUAUACGUGAUAUAUACAACUUCAACAGUGAGCUUCUCCAAGAGCUAGAAAACUGUGACAAUGACCCAGUUGCGAUUGCAGAAUGUUUUGUGUCAAAGAGUGAAGAAUUUCAUAUCUACACACAGUACUGCACCAAUUAUCCAAGGUCUGUGGCUGUGCUGACGGAGUGCAUGAGAAACAAGAUCCUUGCAAAAUUCUUCCGAGAAAGACAAGAAGUCCUACAACAUAGUCUUCCUCUGGGGUCCUACCUAUUAAAACCUGUUCAAAGGAUCCUCAAGUACCAUCUGCUGCUGCAUGAAAUAUCCAACCACCUGGACAAGGAUACAGAAGGGUAUGAUGUUGUCCUUGAUGCAAUUGACACAAUGCAGCGGGUUGCAUGGCAUAUUAAUGACAUGAAGAGGAAACAUGAACAUGACAUCAGACUUCAGGAAAUUCAGAGCCUGCUAACUAACUGGAAAGGACCAGACCUGACAAGUUAUGGAGAGCUAGUUUUGGAGGGCACAUUUCGUUUUCAACGAGCCAAGAACGAACGCACUUUGUUCCUGUUUGACAGGCUGCUCCUCAUCACAAAGAAAAGAGAUGACUCUUACACAUACAAAGCCCAUAUCCUGUGUUGCAAUCUAAUGCUGGUAGAAGUCAUUCCUAAGGAACCUCUCAGCUUUAGCGUCUUUCAUUACAAGAACCCAAAGCUCCAACAUACAGUGCAGGCCAAGUCUCUGCAGGACAAGCGACUGUGGAUUCUACACUUGAAGAGAUUAAUUCUCGAAAAUCACCCAGCUAAAAUACCAGCAAAGGCAAAGCAAGCAAUUUUGGAAAUGGAUGCUAUCCAUCAUCCAGGAUUUUCUUACACUACAGAUGGAGAGAAAAAAACGACAGCAAAUGUAAAAGAAGAACCUACCCCAGGCAGAGUCCGGAGAAAGUCUGAACCAUUAUCCAAUGUACAUAAAGUCAUGAAACCAAACGACAUGAGUCUUGACGUACAAAAGCGCAUCAGCAUGCACGGCAAUUUGCUAUGUCAAGCGGCUAAACUAGGAUCAAGGGAUAUGCUUCUGAGCCCAGGAAUGAGAAAGGCAGUGCUCUCUCACAGUACUGAUAUAUGCAACUCACCAGAUUUCUUCCACCAUACCUAUAAAAAUGAAAAAUUACAUCUUGGACCAGGAGAACAGACUGACGCUGAUGAUGAAGAGGAUUCUGACCUGCAUGGUUCUCAUCACAAGGUUAAAGGAGGAAGAAAGAGGUUGAACAGCCAAGCCGCAGAAAAUGUUGAGAAACGUAGAAGCAUUAACCUGAGCUUAUGUGACAGUCAGAACUCAAAAGACCAGUCAGAUGAAGAGUCUUCACAAUCAAGUACACGGUUUUCAAGUUCUGCUGUUCAUCCUUUGGACAGACAGCAAAGUGUGUCCCAAACUAGCUCUUUAAUUAUGAAUAUCCUUGGGAAUACUACUGCUCUGCGAAAUAUUUGGACAGAUCACCAAAUUAGACAAGCCCUCUUUCCCUCUAGAAGAUCACCUCACGAUAAUGAAGAUGACGACGAUGAUUAUCAAAUGUUUAUGAUGAAUGAAUGUUCUAGGCUAGAGUCAUCAAGGUCCCAAGAAGAAAGAGGUGCCUCCAGUCGACCAUGUAGUUGGCACCUGGGCUUAAUGCAAGAAGACACUGUCAAUAAUUCCUACUGCAAAAUUGUCAGAAGAGCCAGUAGUGUAGGAGAGAAUAAAACACGUUCUUGUAAUUUGAGAAGUAGGCAGACUAACAGCAGUCACCAGUUUUCUCAUUGUGAUAUUUUAAAUAAAUCUGAUCAAAAGUUUUCUUCCCUUGGUUCCUCUGAGGAGUUGACAAAUGACGAUAUUGAACAUGUCUACGAUAAUAUCAGUUAUGAUGAUCUCAAGCUAAUGGGUCUCACAAGAAGGGAAGAAACUGAUUACCUUCACAAUCAUCCUAGACGUGAUACUGACCAUCAAAGUAAGAUCAACACUGAUGUUUGGACAGUAAAAGGACAUGAAAAGGCUAACAGCACUUCAGUGCCAAACAGAGAUAAAGCAAUGUAUAGAAAAGGAACACCUAAUUCUAGUUCUCAAGAGCUCAGAAUAAUAGAGGAAAAUAUUUAUGACUCCAUAUGCAUUCCAGAACAAUCACUGGAGCAUAUAACAAGGAAAUCACAUUCUAAAAGAAAUAACUUUUUAGGCUUAGAUGGAGAUUUUCAGUGUUUUGACCAGCUAGAGAAUUUUGUUUCUGAAGAAAGUCUACAGUUCAGUGAGGAUGACUCUAUGGACCACCGUGUGCCAUUAGGAGAUGACUAUAAUCAUUUACUCAACAAUUCCUCAAACUCAAGUUCAGUUCCUCACAAAACAACUGCUGACAAGUUGUCUGAAGAAGUAGACGAGAUCUGGAAUGACUUGGAAAAUUAUAUAAAAAAGAAUGAAGAAAAGAAAAGUGACAGAUCAUUGGCUUCCUUUCCUGUGAGUAAAGAUGAUGUCCGUGAAAAGAAACAUACAGUGAACAGGUCUCAUUUUAGCAAAGGAUCACAGUUUUCAAUAUCAUCAUUAUGUUUACCAGAUAAUUCAACUCUACCAAGGACAACAGUAAGCAACAGUCCAAAUGUCCGGAAACAGGACCCAAGCCCUUCAACCUCUCCCACCACUUCCUUGCUAAGUUUGAAGAGAACGUCCCUUACUGGUGAAAUGACAUUUAUAGAAUCCCCUUUUUUUUCAUCCCAAAGUACCUUAUCUUACACAGAUUCCAUGAAUGCUGCUCAGGGAUUGGACAGCAUUGAAAAAUCCAAAAAUAAGGUCUUUCUGAUGGCUCGACAAUACAGUCAAAAAAUUAAAAAAGCUAACCAACUUUUGAAAAUCAAAAGCCCAGAACAGGAACAACAAUCUUCUAAAUCACACAAGCUGAAAUCAAAAGACCUUGCAGCUAUAAUGGAAGAGAAGAAACAAGGAGGGGCAGCAAUAGGAGCAAGAAUUGCAGAAUAUUCUCAGCUGUAUGACCAGAUUAUCUUCCGAGAAUCACCAGCAAGAACGUCUAAAGAAUCUAAAACAAGUCGAAAAGACUCACUUGUACUUAGAACAGAACAUGAUCACCAACAAACUCACGCAGGUGCUCCAAGGAGUAAAGCAUGCCAGCAAAGUAACACAAGUGUGAAUUCUGUGCACAUCAAUGGAGAUGCAGAUUUUUUUACCUGGCCUGAUAUAAAAGACUUCAAGGCAAAAUCUGACAUUCCAUCAAAUGGGCAGAAAGGCCAGCAAAGAAAUAUAAUUUCUGCAUGCUCUGUUCCAUCCUUGGUUAAAUCUAGUCAAUCAAGCCUACAUAAUCAGAGAUGGAGUACAAUUAGUCAAGAGCAUGAUGAAAAUGCAAGUCAGGGGCAAGCGUUUCAUUCCUUGGGCAGACGAAUAGUCAAUGAAAAAACGCAGCCAUAUAUUCGCUCACAGUCCUCAUCCUCCAUGUUAAUUCACAGGACAAAAGAGCCCAUCAGACCGACUAAAACUUCUACUUCACCACAGCCUCUAAAGCCUAAGCGAUUGUCAGAUAUCUAUGACUUUGGUGGCAGUUACAUUGAGGAGACUAGGCAUUCAGAAGAGAGUUCGGAUAUGACGUUGCAAGACUCUCAGAAGAUCUUGGUGUUAAACAAGCUCUCCUCUCUUAAUGCUCAAAUUGCUACUCUGAACUAUUUAGCAAACUUUAAAGACACUGAUGGUGCUGGUGAUGGAGAUGAUGACGAUGAUGACUACGUGGAGAUCAAGUCAGAAGAUGAAGAUGAUGAGCUGGAGGUUGCUUCCAACCAGCCAAUGAAACUUCAUAUGCGUGGUCAUUCUGAACUUGUUCAAACUCCAUGUAGCACCAGUACCCCAUAUUCCUUUAGUAUGCCCACUACUCCUGUAAAGUCUCUAGAUGAGAAGCAAACACCUGAUGAUAUAGCGGGUUAUGAUGAAGUUGGUAAACUCAAUGACUAUCUUUGGAGGGCACCACCUUCCAAUCAGCAGAAUAUCGUCCAAUCUCUUAGGGAAAAAUUUCAAUGUCUUAGCUCAAGUAGUUUUGCUUGAACAUAUUUUUUCUUAUUUUAGAAAAAUGGAAAGUACUGUAGCUACUGUAUUACAGCAUAAUGUCAUGCACUGGAGUACUGCAGCACUAUUAACGGUAGGCAUUUGUUCCAUUGUAUAGUUUACAUAUGACACCAAGUAAAUGAGUGCAUUCUCCAGAAUGGGUAUAAUUAAUACUUUUCUAACUAAUUAGUAAAACAGCUAGUAAUAUGAUUUAUGCAAUUUACGUAUUUCUCAAAGUAACUGACUUGCAUAAGGAUUGCUAUAAAGCACAAUGUAAACAAGACUUAAGUUGGAUGGAUGAUAAUACUAGUUCAUCAGACAAUACAAUCAUCUAUAGAGCUGUAUGACCCAUCACCCAAGCUGAUAUUCCAUUUUCUUAUUCAUGCUGGUCAGAUGUUCUAAUCCAUUUAGAAUGAUGUAUAUGUAACUCAGAAAAAGCCCAGUAACCAUUAGGGUACGACUACAUGGCACAGUCGUGGGGUGUUUUGAAUAUGGCCAUGCUGUGGUCGAGUAAUGCUAAACUAAUGAGACCGCACUGUUCAGUUGGUCUGCAUUAUUAACGUAGCGUGAUAUUAAAUAUGCCCAGUGGCCAUUAACAAUGCAGGCCGAGUAUACAGUGUGGUCUUCAUCAGUUAAAUAAGAGGCAGCUGCAGCCUAAUUUGCUGCGCAGUACUUGUCCCUCAGCACAGCCGAAUCCUGAACAACCGCACCGUGAGGUCGUACCCUUAGAAUUGUGCAUCAAGGUUCAACAAUGUUAAUAAAGUGGAAUGGCACAAACAUGGAGGUAUAAAAUGUACAAUAUAUUGUACUAGGUCGUUUGUCCACAGUCACAUUUUCUGCCGUUUUCAUUGGAAGAUCAUCCAUUUGAAAAGGCGGUAGUGAGAGAGCGAGGAUCCCUCCCAUUGUUCUGACUAAAGGGUCUUUAUACUUGUUUUCUGCUGCUAGCAGGACAAUUAAGACCACCCUUGCCAUAACCGAUGCCUAGGAGAAGCGUUCACAAACCAUUUUCUGAAGCAAGUGCAUUUUUCGGAUUUCAGUGGGAGUUCUGGCUCCUGAACUUCAUUGCUAUGAUCUUCUGGUGCCUGAUACCUGAAAAAUCAGAUGGAGAAGAUAUGAAGAGCCACUCCAUUAUCAUUAGGCCUCAUGCAGAUGAUUUGAAAAUUUUAUCUGUGUGCUCUUUGCAUAUUUUGUGGACAGCACAAUGACCCAAUCCUUUCUAUGGGGCCUUGCACACACGUCAGUGUUUUUAGACGAUCCUUCCAUUCUGCAAGUUAUAGAACAUCAUUUCCUAUUCUGGUAUAUUUUGCGGACAAGAACAGUCCUUUCUAUUGAGAGUGAGAAAAAACGGAAUGUACAUGGAAGGUAUACAUAUUUUGCGGAACGAAAUACGGACAUGUAUAAGAGGAGUUUUUAACCAAAUAUCUUGUAACGCCUCUCCACCGGGGGCCUCUCUUCUAUCACCUCUUUACUUUUUGAGUCCCUGUUGCUCAUCACACACAACUUCUGAGAAGAAGCAGUUUUAAUGAAGUGUAGGUUGACCAUGUCUUCUGCUACUCUCUUCAAACACUAUAGAAAACAAGUGGUCUUCAUAUUGUAUAACCAUAAGCAUACCGCACCUUAACCACUGUGCUGUAAAGUAACUUUUUGACACUCUAUUAAUGACAUGAGAUGCUUAUGUAUGUAGCGCAAAACAUUGUACACAUUUUGAUACCAACACUUUUGGGUGAUAGGUAACAAUAUAUUUUGGUGAUAUCUAGCCAUUCUGUGCUGUGGCCUUCUGUAUUGCAGGGAUUAUUUUGUCCUUAAUGUUUCUUGGUGCUGCAUGUUUAUGCACUGUGAUGUAAGUCGCAUACAUUCCAUACAUUUCGUCCAUGACGGCAGAUUAUAAAGGGGUCAAUACUGUUCUGUACAGCUGCCUGUAAAUAUCCGAACACCGGCAACAUAUAUACUGUCAUGAGCUUUGGAACCUAGUGUAAUUUAUCUGCUUGUGAACAGAACAAUGAUGCCUAUAUUAUCAAUGUUUUCCUUUUCAUGAAAUAAUGAGUUUUAUGUAUAUAGGGUCACGUCAGGUCUUAAAUGAUUAGCUUUUUUUUGGAUGUUCAAAUCCAUGUUAUCUGAUGCUAGCUUUAGAACGAGUAUACCAACUUAAUUGAAGAGGUUUUUUAACUUUUUUGAUGACUUGUCCUCAGUAUCUGAUCGGUGGGGUCCGACACCCUGCAGCUUACCAAACACAGUGCCGUACAUUGAAUAUCGGCUGUUCUUGGUAUCUGAGCUCAUCCACAUUCACUUGAAUGUGACUGAGCUGCACCUAGGCCACUAGACCAAUGAAUGUGAUGUCAGUAAGCUGCGAGAAGGCUGCCGGCACUCCUGUGAGCACCCAGGUCAUCUCAAACAGCUGAUUGGCCAAUGUCCCAGGUGUUUGACCCUAUCCAGAGGAGAGGUCAUCGGUUGAAAAAGUCGGAAAACCUCUUUGAAGUUACAAAAUUAGAAAACCUAAAGAACAAAAAUCUGAAGGAAAGUUACAUGGUCCUUGUGUCUACAUGCAUGGAAUAUACACUAACCACAUAGACGGCUAGUUCAGUUUGGCUCCUCAUCCACUUUCCUUGGUCCUUUUUUUUUUUUACAAAGGUUGUGCUCCACGUAGGGUUUGCUUGCCUCCACUCCCAAAUACUAUUAAUCAGAGCUAACCGCAUUUAAAACAUAGUAGGGGAGAUUUAUUCAUGCUUUAAUGACACUUUUAUGGCUUUAAAAAGUUGCAAAUUAUAGAGCGCCUCAUAAUUUACUUCUUCAGCUUCUCAUACAUUUUUUAAUGUGUCGAUAAAAAGGAUGGGCUUAGCAGGAGGGAUGGUGCCUCAGUGGCUACUGGAUUUACUAUAACUUACACCAGAGACUGGCAUAAUUUAUAGCUCAUGUCUACACCAGCUGAUUUAGAUUUGAGUUUCUAGCAUCUCACUCUGACGCACAGGACCAAGACUCAGGAACUCCGGUCUUGAUAAAUCUCCAGCAAUGUUGCUGCCAGCAGUCACCACUAGAGGGAGCCACAAGAAGGAUUUGAAGCAUCUGCUGUAGAUGUUUAUGCUGCAGCACUAACUGGGGGGUACAUUUAUCAAGACCGGUAUUUUCUUCACUGGUCUUGAUUUCCCCUCCGCAGCUAAAGUAUGCGCACAUCUCGCAUAGAUUCGUCGCAUCCUUCCGCUGGCCAUGCAACACCUUUUAAAGGGAAUGUGUCACCAGUUUUCUGCUGCCCUCACUUUUAAAUCCUAACCGUUCCUGUGUCUGUCAAUGAGCCCCCAUAUUCAUCAGCUCAUGGCUCUGCUCAGCCACCUGCCUCUGACUGACCGUUUUUUUUUCCAUAGGAAUCGACAGCAGGUGGGUGGGGAGAGCCAGGAGCUAAUGAAUAUGGGGUUUCAUCAGCAAGGGCUGUUCAAUACAAGAUUUUUGCAAAAUAGCUGGGUCAAUUAAAUAAAGUGAACCAGAAUUUGGCUGAAGGGAUCUGUCAGUAGCCCUUAUUUAGGACACCAUAAAACUGGUGACGGAUUCCCUUUAAGGCUACUUUCACACUAGCGUUCGGGUGUCCGCUCGUGAGCUCCGUUUGAAGGGGCUCACGAGCGGACCCGAACGCAG